AUGAAAUCACCUGUAGUAACAGAUAAUUGCCGUAGAGCUAAAACAAAUCCUGAUCAAAGCUCACUGCUUAGCUAUUCUGUAGCCAAGUCUUGUGCCUCAAGUGAACGAAAAACUUAAGUCAAAGUAGCUUGCAAAGUCUUAUGCGAAAUGAGAGAAGAUGAAUCAAGUAAAUUGGCAAUGAAAUUCACCUAACUAAGAAUUGUACUAGCCACUCAAUCUCUUCUUCAUAAAUUAUAAAAGUAUAAAUCUUCUAAACUGUAAACAUAUUUUUGGAUUCUAUAAUAAGAAAGAAAAACAACUUAACCCAAUGGCUUCUUAGAUCUUAAUCAAACAAUAUCACUUCCUCCUGUUAUGGAUGAUCUAUCCAACAAUUAGAUCAGAGAAUAAAUAUAGCAAGACUAAAGUCAAUAAAUACCCGUAGCAUCAGCAAUUGUACUAUCUCACAUCCUCAGGAGACUUGUUAAUUAAUAAUAAAGAUUGACCUUGAAGAGGAUUAGGGCAUAAUCAAAUUUCAUAAAGGGUAUUAAGUAAAUUAAGAAUUUGAUCAAAAAAUGCCAAAAGAGGUCUUGCUAUUUGAGUAUUCUAAGUAUAAUGAGAUGCAAUCAGAACAGAAAAGUGUUUAAAACAAGUUUUCUUGAUUAAGAUCAUGAGAUUUUACCUUAAGAUUAGAUGGAAGAAUAAAUUAUUCAACAACCUGAAGAAAUGUCAAUGAAGGAAUAAUUAGCUAUUAAGUUUGCAAGCAUUACAAUUUUAACCUCUAUUUUAAAUGAGAAAAUAAAAAAACAACAAUUUUAAUUAUUUUUUAAUAUCAUAAAGGGUCAUUUUUAAUUAAAUAAAUAAUUAAGUUUCUCAUAAAUGAAUGAAAUUACUUAGAUAUAUGAAUAAUCAUUUUUAGAUCAAAAUCAUAUUGUUACAGGAUCUUAACGUUUGAGUCGAAUAAUUUAUUUGAGAUUAAAGGAUUACUUUAAUGAAAUCCGAGCAUGUCAGACAACAGGUGAACUCAAAAAUGGAUAUUCCAUUAAUACCAUACUUCAAAACAAGAAUUCAGAAUAAUCAAUGAAUAAUUCAUAUGAGGAUCUUUAUACAUAAAGAGUUCUGCCUUCACAAUCUAAGCAAGAUGAAGAGAACAAUGAAGAGGAAAUCCAAACACUUGCCAAUAGUGACUAAUUCAAGAUGCCAUGCUCUUUACAGCACAUUACUGAUAUUGAGGAUUCCUACUAAAAAUAAUCUGAGGACCACAUUGAAUUACCAAAGGAGAGAGCGAUUGUUUAGAAGAAUAAACAUGCAGAUUUAAUAAAGAAUGCUGUUAAAUCUUAUUGUACUUAAUAGUAGUAGGCAAAACACAGUGUUUAAGGAACUCCAAGGACUUAACAGCAUGAAUAAAAAAUAGAGGAGAAUAAAAAAUAGUUAAGGCAACUCUAUAUUCCUCACAUGAUUGGGAUAUGUAUGAUUGUUUUGAUUAUUUUGAUUUUAUAAUGA